CUCCUAUAAAAUGAACUCCGCGUGCUUUCACCACCCAAAGUUGCCCAAAAAAUGUCCGAUCAGCUCUCCGACAACCGCAACAAACAAUCGUGGCUCCGCCACUUUUCCGAUCAAAAUGACUACACCCAAUCACCUUCUCCUUUCAACCGCCGCAACUACUACCCCGAUCAUUCCGCCAUUAACGGCCCUGGGGAACAUCCUCCCCUCCACCGUCACCAACCCAUCAACAAUUUUGCUAAACCACCACCCAACACCACCAAUAUGCGUUUCGGCAUGUGGGGUCGCGGCGGUGCAAAAGCUUACUUCCGUUUUCACGGCGGAAUUGGUGAUGGUUGUGGAGGUGUUGGUUGCCGAUCUACAAAAGAGAAUUCCAUAGCUCGGCCCCUGCAACUUUUUGAAUCCCUCGAUCCGGCUCAUUUGCAGAUUGACGUCCUAAAGAAAGCAUGUGAGGAUAGUUUUGUGAAUCCGGCGAUCGGAAAGUGGUUUCCGCCGAUGGAAACAAGCGCCGGGACCGGAGUGUUCUUACCGGCGUAUCAAAAGAGGAUCGGUGUCACUAAAGUUGAUGAUUGCAAAACCAAUGCAAGUAAGUUUUACUCCAAAUGCAGUUAA